AUGGCGCAUCCACAAACGGCAUUCGCCCCACAAGGUGCGACAGUAUCGGCCUUCUCAGCGCUGAACAUCAUCUGGCUGCUGCACGCGGCGCUCGAAGGGCCGGUUGCGUUCAUCGGCCUCUUCCUCACCCGCGGGCUUGCAUUUAAGGACGAGAUCAACAACACUACUGCUGUGAUCAUCAAGCUCUACGCAACGCUCUCGCUGGCGCUUUCGAUCGUGUGCAUCCUCUUGUACGGUCUGCCGGAUUAUCUGCCUGGCAAGCGGGCCGCGGCGAUCCUGCUUCUGCUCUACCACGGUGUGGCCUCGAGCGUGCUGCUGAACGCAGAGCCUUUUAUUGACUUUGCGUUCCCAGCGCUGCUAGCGAAGCACGGCGUGCGGGUCGAGUCGGUCGCGGGUGUGGCUCAUGGCUUCCUGUCGCUCCUGACCGUGUCGUGGUGGCAGGCGUCGCUGAGCGCUGUUCGGGCUCAGAACGGGACCAUGGCUGCAGGGCCAGCGGCGAGUGCCAAGGGCGGAAAGGGCAAGCGCAAGUAA